AUGGUCAACAAUAUUGAAAAAGAUAAAGAAUUCAAUGAGUACUAUAUAGUUGGGGGAAAAUCAUAUCCAUAUGAAGGUAUUGAUGAUAAAUGUCGUCAAUCACAAAUGAAUAAAACAAUCGGUGCAACAAUACAUAGCUAUGUUAAUGUUCGAUAUGGUGAUGAACAUGCAUUACAAUCGGCUGUUGCAAAAAUUGGACCAAUAUCAGUUGCAAUCGAUGCUGAUUCAUUAUAUUUUAUGUUCUAUCAAUCAGGUGUUUAUGAUAAUGAACAAUGUUCAUCCGCCUUUAAAGAUUUAUGUCAUGCAGUUACGGCUGUUGGUUAUGGACAAUUAAAUGGAAAACAAUAUUGGAAAGUUAAAAAUUCAUGGGGUACUGAUUGGGGUAUCAAUGGUUAUGUAUUAAUGUCACGUAAUAAAAAUAAUCAAUGUGGUAUUGCAACACGGCCAAGUUAUCCAGUUGUUUAG